UUCACGCCAAUCAUGAUCCAGACCAUGGGAAUAGCAUGUUUCUUGAGCAGGCUAUAAACACGAGUGACAUUCGCAGCAAGCAGCAGAGGUCACUAGACAUUUCCAGAAAGCGCGCUCGUUCGCUCCGCCACCGACGCCUUCUCCUCAAACCAUAUGGCGUCGGCGUCGGGUCGUGCUGCUGGCUCCAAGGACGUUGUACUCAAAGCUGGACUCGGCAAGGACAGGACUGUCGGCCUCGGCGCGACUCCGGUGGACGACAGCAAGCAGUCGGCGAGCAGCAGUACCGACGAUGGCAGCAGCAACGGUAGUAGUAGCGCGAGCAACAGCCCUACCAGCAGCGGCGGCGGCAGUUCUAGCAGCGAUAGCGCAAACAGUGACGACGAUACCACGUCUGUCACAUCCGAGUCUGACGAUGACGUCGAGAGCGCACCGACCGGCUCUAUGGUGCCAGCCACCGAUGCAGUCGUAGCUUCGAUCGGGUCGGAGAUGGGCACCUACGUCCACCGGGUCCUGGAGCGUCCGAAGGUCAUGCCCAGUGAUCACCCGGAGAAGGUGCACGACUGGUCCGGUUGGCCCACGUUCCCUCCCAAGGCUAACCCCAAUCGCCAGCGGCGCGCGAUCGUGCCCACCAAGUUGCCUCUUGUCAAACACGUCAACAGUGACGAAUUCCGGCCCAUCAUGGAACUGCAGAUAAACAUCCACGGCAGGUUCAUGCAGCCAGCGCCUUCGUUCCGCCUCAACAACUUGAUGGACGACUUGCAGUACACGGUCUGGCUUACCUUCACGGAAUUACACGGGGGUGCAUGCGCUGGUCAGUUCACCCACCCGGAAUCUCCCCGUCCCGGUUCCUUGUGGAACGGCAAGGUGGUCUCCUUCGCUCGGCUGAAGCUCUUCUCCAACGAUGGAUUCAUACACCACCCACCACCCAUCACUCUAAAGAGCAGUACCACCUACCGCAUACAAGUGAACCUUGGAGUCGUGAACGAUAGCGGACACAUCCUGAGCGCGACAGUCGUCCGCCAGUUCGUCGGCGGCAUUUUCUUCGCAGUCAUCCAGACCGCCAAGAAGUCCAGCUGAUGAAACCAAGCUCAGAGCUUUAUUUGCAAUUUGUGUUUCUUGCUUCUAGUCUUGCGCGUGGAUCAUGCGGUCGAUUCAAGAAAGCGCCCUCUAUGUAAAGUAGAGCUGAUUGUUACGUUU